UGAGAUCGAUAUUAACUGAAUGGUAACGCCAUAAUUACGCUGUGUGUUUUUCAUAUUUGAUUUGUAGUAUAAUACUUCUAUAUGGACAGUUUCUAUAAGUGGAAGCUGUUUCGACUAAAAAAGGCAGAAUAAUAACGGUUUCUCUUUCCUCCGAGACUCCUGCUCGGUUCUCAUCCCAAACAUGCGCAAACUGUUCGAUGUAUCUAGAACGAGAGAAAAAAUAGUAUAUCGUCGGCACCUUAAUAGUAAUACAUUCCUUCCCGUUUAAAAUAUCCAUAUAAAAGUAUUACAUAUAUGCUGAACAUAGUUGGCAAUUGGAUACUUUGGAUUGUGGUCUUACUUGUUCAAGGGUCGUUUUCAUAGAUAAAUGUGUAGUGUUUUUGCUUCAUGUCAAUAGCUCCGCUGUGAGAAUAAAUAAUCGUAAAAGUACUAUAAUAGCGAAUUUCAUAUUGUUUUUUAUUUCACUGUAAUAAGUAAAAAAUAUUUAAAAAUGACUGUGUGUAAAUUUUUCCUUCAAGGGAAUUGCAAAUUUGGAGAAAUGUGUAAAUUUGGGCACGAUGUGAAUGAUAAUUAUAAUUCUUUUCAAAGUACUGGGUCAUCAACCACCUGGCGCAAUCCAGCUGUUUAUGGAACAAAUUUGACUCAACCAAAAAUUAAUCCUUCACCUGGUCAAGAACAAAAGAAUGUAGAUAUUAACACUUUGAUAAAGUCAGUAGUAACUGAUAUGACACAAGCAGAAAAAGGUGGUCAGUGGUUAUUUUCGUGCUAUGCGCCUUUUAAAGAAAAACCUGCUUUCCCUGGAUUUGAAGAUCAGAGUUUUGAAGAAAUUAGGUAUGGGUAUUAUGAUGCAAUUGCAGGAGGUUCUGUGGAACAGUUUAAGCAGCAAAUUCAACAAAUGGCCCAAGAGGCUUUACUUAAAGUCAGAUCCCUCCAAAAUCCAUCAUCAGAUUUAGUGAAUAUACUUGUGAAUAUUUAUAAUACACCAGCAUCUUCCCAAGCUGGUAUCUAUUCAGGAAACACAUUUCCAAAUCCAAACAGCUCCAAUUUCACAUUUAAAUCUGGACCAGUUAGUCAGCAACCAAUAUUUGCUCAAGCUAAUCAAAACAUAUUUUCAAAUUCACAAAAAAAUAUUUUUGUAGGAAAUCAUGUUUUUGGAGGAAAUAAUAAAAUAACUCCGAAUAAUACUUCAGAUAAUUUAUUUAUUGGUAAUACCCAAAAUACAACAAAUAAUGUAUUUGCAAGACCUGGGAAUACAAAUGUUUUUCAGGGUCCUUCAGAACAAGUACAGGCAUCAACCCUGUUCUCUCAAACUAACAGCAAUAUAGCCGUUCAAAAUAAAAGCAACUCUAUAUUCACUAGUCAACAGCCAUCUACAGGGUCCACAUUUGGUACCGAUAAACAAACUAAUUUGUUUCCCUUGCAGAGUCAACCCAAUUCUCUGUCAACAAACAUAUUUGCUUCACCAAAUGUACAACCACCAUCUUCAACAAACUCUAAUGCUAAUUUAUUCAAUACUACACAUAAUCCACAACUUUUAAAUAAUCAGCAUCAAAAGAAUGUCACAUUUGGUCCACACUCUAACUCCGUUUUUGCCACAACUCAUCAACAGAAUAAUGUUUUUAAUAAUGCUUCGUUACCUCAAAUUGAUCAAAGUAUUUAUUCAAAAUUAGAAGAUUUGACUGAAGAAGAGAUUAAAUGGUUUGAAAGUGAGGCUCUUGAUGUUAGAAAAAUCCCAGUGAAACCUCCAACUUAUGAUAUUUGCUUCAAAAAAUGAAUUAAAAUAUUUUAAUGUGCUCCAUUGUAUUUACAAUAUGUCUAUAUAUUUCGUUGAAAUCACUAAUCAGAAUGUAUUGGGAAAGUUCGAUCCAUUCUUUAAAUUUUUAUUAAAUUAUGACUAUAAUAGCAAUUGAAUUGUUGCGAUUGUUACAAUAACCUAUAUUCUUUGUACAUUUCACAUAUCUUUAUAUUAUUAAUAUUAAAUUAAGUUGUAGUUAAAUAACUUUUUAUUUGGACAUAUGCUAUAUUUAUGCUAACAACCUGAGAUCAUCUAAAACAACUAUCAAGUUAUAUCUUGAAAAAUACAGAAAUUAUCUAAAUGGAAAUUGGAAAAUAUUAAGCCUUACGACGGGUAUAGUAAUGCCUUGAACAAAUUCAUCAACAGAUGUGAGAAACUUAUUGAAACGUAUGCAAUCUACAAUGGUCAUGAUAUAAACACUCAUGUUUGGAAAGUAUGAUUAAGAACAAGUUCGCGAAAUGGGUCCUUAAGCCGGCCUUGUCUGGCUAUUAUGGAAUUAAAAAUUCGGCGGGGCGGCAACUUUUGAUAUACCAUUGAAAUACUAGGAAUUAUAAAAUUCAGCGAAUGUUUGCUUUUUUUAUUACUUUUUAUUAUAGCAGGUUUAUUCACAUCUUUUGAAUAAUUUCUAGGAAAAUCGAUCUUUUUAUUUUCUAGAAGUUUUUAGAAUUUUUUUGGGAUAUAUAAUGAGUUGUGAAGCGCAGUUUAAUUAGUUCAUAAUAAAUAGUCGUCGUGAACAGGCCGAAAUAGAAAGUAAUCGAAGAAUUUAAAUAAAUUAUUUAAGUUAGUUAAGUAAUAAGUGAUUUAUUAUAAGUUAGUGUAGUGUAUAGUGUUUAAAUAAAUUAAGAACGUUAGA